AGGGCCUGGCCUGUGCGGAGCGCGGCGCGGCCUCCCCGAGCGCUGCCGGCGGCCGCGGCCGGGGCGCCCCGCGCGGGGGGCGUCCCCGACCCCGUUGUGCGGCGCUUCCCCGCGAGGCAAAGCGCUGCUGGAGCCGUGGGGCCGCCGGGACGUACUUAGCCCUGCUCCACGCAGCGCCGCUCUGUGUUUUGUCUUACACGCCCGUUCUUUGGAGCUCGUAGCCCGUGUGCGCGUCCCGAUAUUCCCCAGCAAAGCCGUGACCUGCCCUUGGCUUUGUAGUGCCUUUACGAGUUCCACGGAAGACUGAUGCGUGGCUACCAAGUGACAGGCAUCUUUAUGAAGAACUGGGACCCUCUGGAUGAACAAGGAGCUUGUUCCGUUGACAGAGAUUGUGAAGAUGCUUACCGGGUUUGUCAGAAGCUUGAUAUUCCUUUCCAUCAGGUUUCCUACGUGAAAGAGUACUGGAAUGAAGUAUUCAGUGACCUCUUAAAAGAAUAUGAAUUGGGAAGGACCCCUAAUCCUGAUAUCGUGUGUAACAAGCACAUCAAAUUCAACUACUUUCUUCACUACGCUAUGGAUAACCUUGGAGCAGAUGCAAUUGCUACUGGGCAUUACGCUAGAACCUCACUGGAGGAGGAGGAAGUUUUUCGACAGAAACACAUUAAAAGACCACAGGGGCUUUUCAGAAACCGUUUUGAAGUUAGAAACACUGUAAAACUCCUUCAAGGAGCUGACCUCUUUAAAGACCAGACCUUCUUCCUAAGUCAGAUCUCACAGGAUGCUUUGAGGAAAACCAUUUUUCCUUUAGGGGAUUUAACAAAAAGCUUUGUAAAGAAGAUAGCAGCAGAACAUGGCCUUCAUCAUGUGCUAAAGAAAAAAGAGAGUACCGGAGUCUGUUUCAUUGGUGAAAGAAACUUUGAAAAAUUCCUUCUUGAGUAUUUAGAACCUCAACCAGGUAACUUUGUUUCCAUCGAAGAUAAGAAGUUGAUGGGAACACACAAAGGUUGGUUCCUCUACACAAUAGGCCAGAGGGCUAGACUAGCAGGCCUGAAGGAUGCUUGGUUCGUUGUAGAUAAAGAUGUUAGCACUGGAGAUAUCUUUGUGGCACCAUCAACAAAUCACCCUGCGCUGUACAGAGACCUGUUGCGGACAAAUCGAGUGCAUUGGAUAGCAGAGGAGCCUCCUGCAGAGCUCAUUAGGGAUAAAAUGAUGGAAUGUCAUUUCAGAUGUCGGCACCAGAUGGCACUGGUGCCUUGUGUGCUGACUCUAAACCAAGAUGGGAGUGUGUGGGUGACACUAGUAAAGCCAGAAAGAGCUCUCACACCUGGGCAGUUUGCUGUGUUCUACAAGGGUGACGAGUGCUUGGGCAGUGGGAAAAUCCUAAGGCUGGGCCCAUCGGUGUAUACCUUGAAACAGGGGAAGAACCGAGAGGAGGGCGCAAAGAAGGAAGAGACUGACAAGACAGAACCAGCAACAUAACAUGUGGGUUUGUUUACUGAUGGACUUCGGAGAGUUUGUAGCCUGAGAAUAAUAAAAGCAAUAGCAAACACCUUUUCUUUUGAUAUGUAAUAUUCAAAUGGUCAGUUGACUCUCCAGUUCUACCUCUUGACUGUUAGUGCAAAACAGGUUUAAAACAAAAAACAGUUUGGUAUAAUUUCAUUGAACUGAAUGGUGAUACUUAUGGUAAUAAGUGUCAAGGAAAGUCCUAAAAUUGCUCUGUAAUAAUAGUUAUACAUACAAGAAUUUUAAUAUAAAAAAAUCAUGUCUUAGAACAUAAGUCUCAAAGGCAUAAAUGAAAUAACUUUUUUUCUUACUUGAUGAUACCUGCCUCUAAGUAUAUGUGUUGUUUUACAGUAAAUGUGUGUUCAUUGAACUCUGGAAAAAGAAUGAGUGAUAUUUAAGCUCAGCAUUUUGCAUAAACUAUAAGCAAAAUAUAUUUAUUUUUCACUUGAUACAAUUUUAUAAAAGCUAUUUUAGACUCUUCAACUGUAUACAGUUGUGGUUUAAGAUGUUUAAUAUAAUUAAGAAGUACAAAUCUAGGGGCUUGAAAAGAGUCUCAAUACUUCUUAAGUUCCUCACAGAACUGAUUAAUUUUUUAUUAACUACUCAGGGCAGGUACUGUCUAUUUCGUCCCUUGGAGAAGAGAAUGCAUUGUCAGUGCUUUAGAAAAUUACAAAUUCAUACGCAUUUCCUUAUUAUAAAAUCAACUGAAUGUAGACUGGAUAAUAAUUGGAUCUUAGAUCAUACUAUAAGGUAAAAUGGGGCAGUAUUAGGAAGAACUGAUACCCCUGCCCAAAUUAUCCAGAGAGUUAGAAUGUACGUUGAGGAUGCUCUAAGAUUGUUAUAAACAUUUAAUACAAUGAGUCAACAAAAAUGAAAUCCUCUCUUUCAGCAUGAUAAUAGAAGGUAACUCAUUAAAGUAAAGCUAUGCAGAAACAAGACUAUUCAGACGGAUGUAGAAUUUUGAAAUUUCUAUGUCGAAUUUGCUCAAUAAAGCUGUAACAUGAAUAGAGCUUUUGAACAAAUACAUAGGCUUGGAUUAUGUGUAGCCUUCUAUCCUUUUCUUUUAUCUUAGUGUCUUUAUGGGAAGAAAGGAAAAGAAUACCUUUUAUUCGUCAUUGUAACAAAAAAAAAUAGUCUCUUUACUCCAAAGUGUCAAAAUAGAAUGGGGGACACGCUUCAGUGUUGUCCUGUCUUGCUUAGUUAAACACACUGUUCAGGGAGCCCCAUUAAAAAAAAAAAACAGACUACUAUAAUCUUUGCUAUUGAUUUGUCAUUUCAGUGUAGCUGAUUGAGAAGGAAAAAGCCAUCCUUUUGCAUUGGUGCCAAGAUAAAUUCAGUUUAGAAGUGUGUCUGUAGGAUGCCUAUUGAUGUGGAGGUCAACUAAAGUCUGUUCAUGUUUUGUCUCAGCUCUUAAUUUCUUUUAGGUUAGUAAUGUUAUGGGUCCGAGUCAUGUUUUUUAUGUGUUUUUCCCAGCAUUUUCCUUAUCUUUCCUGAAAUUUUUGACUUUGCAAAAUGUGGAAUUAGAGAGUUAAUGGUCCAUGUUUUCCUCAUCUGCGUUUUCCAGUAAAUGUCCCAAUAAAAUCUUCACAAAUGUUUUGUGUAA